UCUUGGGUUUGAAAAGCUUUCUCCCACUCCCCUUAGCUUUCCAAGCAUUUGCAGCCAAGUGCAAACAGAUCGCAUAUUUGGCGCAAAGAGUCGGGAGAAUGAGGGCCUCGGGGGUACUCCUCCCUGGCCUUCCCCCAGCAGGGUCCUAGGUAGUGGAGUCUAGAGAGGAACUGUCCCCCAUUCGUCGACGCCGCAAACGCGGCCGCAGGUGGCAAGCGGAGCUGUCCAGCACGAGUGCGGAGCCGGCGGGAGCCAGGAGCCCGGCGUGCCCAGCCUGGCAGACACUUAGCAACAGGGCUCUGGCCCGAGCAGACGCUGUCCUCAUUCACUGCUGCCGGGCUCCGGGCUCCCUACGACCCCACGCAACCUCCCGAGGUGGAGAACACUCGUGCCCAUGAGCCGCUCCAGCAGGAUGGGUGCCAACAUGUUGCCCCUUCCCUUCCCCUUGGAAGCGUCUCCUCUGGAAUGGGCGGGUUGGAUCGCUCGGCCUUUUCCCCAAGCCUCAGAACUUCCUAAAUGAACUCGGAGGGGGGCGGAAAAAGGACAUAUACUGGACUUAAACCCCCACUCGCGCUCUCAGGCUUUCCCGAGUAGGCUCCAGGCGAAGGUCUUCCGUCCCUGGCCCUGCACUCCCCUCCCCUCUAACGCCGACCGGGGCCCGUCGGCUCCCCAGCCGCCUCUCCCGUAGGGCUUUUGGGGUUGGGGCCCUCCGGUUUGAUACGCGCUCUAGUGUGCCCUCCUCCUUCUCGGAGGAGACGGUGGGAGCGGGGAGGGCGCGCAGAGGACGGCAACGAAGUGUCCUCGUUGCUCCUGAAACGUGGCGACAGGCGAGGCAGAGACUCCCAAUGAGUAUGAUGGCGACACGUGAUACCGGCGGAGGGAGAGCAUGGAGGGGGGGCGGAUAAAGGGAGACGGAGGGAGGCGGGCAGCUAGCAGAGAGAGGUGGGAGGAGAGAGGGGAAGGGGGGCGAGAGAGGCGCGCAGGCGGCAGAAGCGUCUGCCUGCCCGAUCGCACGGGCCGCAGCCCUCCCAGCCCCGCCGCCCGCGGUCACACACUCGGAGCCUCCCCGCGAGCGGGAGCGCGGCGCACGGCGAUGCGCCGAGGCGGGCGCUGAGGCGGCGCCGCGCGAGCAGCAGCAGAAGCGGCACCCGCCCCCAGCCCAGCCCGGCGCCGCCGCCGAGUCCGGGCCCCAAGGUGCGGCGGUGCCCAAGUUCCCGCCAUGAACAGCCGGCUCUGGGGGCUCCGCGGCUCCGGGGGCGCCCUCUCGGCCGAGCGCGACCGCUGCCCCCCGCGGCCCCGACGCGCCUAACGCCGCCGUUCGCGGGUCCCGCUACCGUCGCCGCCGCUGCUCGCGUCCCCGCUGCUGUCGCCUCGGCUGCCGCAGCGCCGUCAGCAGCAUGUCUCGAAGGAAGAUUUCGUCCGAGUCCUUCAGCUCCCUGGGCUCCGACUACCUGGAGACCAGCCCCGAGGAGGAGGGGGAGUGCCCCCUGGCCAGGCUCUGCUGGAACGGCAGCCGGAGCCCGCCCGGGCCGCCCGAGCCCAGCGCGGCGGCCGCAGCCGCCCCGGCCCCGGCUGCCUCGGCCGCCGCCGCCGCCGCCGCCACCGCCGGGGCCAGGAGGGCGCAGCGCCGGAGGCGGGUCAACCUGGACUCGCUGGGCGAGAGCAUCAGCCGCCUGACGGCACCCUCGCCUCAGACGAUUCAGCAGACUCUCAAGAGGACAUUGCAGUAUUAUGAACAUCAAGUUAUUGGUUAUAGGGAUGCAGAAAAGAAUUUCCACAAUAUCUCUAACAGAUGCUCCUAUGCAGACCAUUCCAACAAAGAGGAAAUUGAAGACGUCUCAGGAAUUCUUCAGUGUACUGCUAAUAUACUCGGUUUGAAGUUUGAGGAAAUUCAAGAAAAAUUUGGUGAGGAGUUCUUUAAUAUAUGCUUUGAUGAGAAUGAGAGAGUCCUUCGAGCUGUAGGUGGCACAUUGCAGGACUUUUUCAAUGGCUUUGAUGCUUUGUUGGAACACAUUAGAACUUCUUUUGGAAAACAGGCCACUCUGGAGUCACCAUCAUUCCUAUGCAAGGAGCUUCCUGAAGGUACUCUCAUGCUCCACUACUUCCACCCUCACCACAUUGUGGGGUUUGCAAUGCUGGGGAUGAUAAAGGCUGCAGGAAAGAAGAUCUAUCGGUUGGAUGUGGAAGUGGAGCAAGUUGCGAAUGAGAAACUGUGCUCUGAUAGUUCAAACCCAGGCAACUGUAACUGUCUCACUUUCCUUAUCAAAGAAUGUGAAAGCACUAAUAUCACGAAGAACCUUCCACAAGGAACCUCCCAAGUUCCUGCGGACCUCAGAAUUAGCAUCAACACCUUCUGCAGAGCCUUUCCUUUCCACUUGAUGUUUGACCCCCACAUGUUAGUCCUCCAGCUGGGGGAAGGCCUGAGGAAGCAGCUCCGAUGUGACACUCACAAAGUGCUCAAGUUUGAGGACUGCUUUGAGAUUGUUUCUCCAAAGGUCAAUGCCACCUUUGAAAGGGUCCUUCUGCGCCUGUCCACCCCAUUUGUGAUUAGGACCAAGCCUGAGGCUUCUGGCACUGAAAAUAAAGACAAGGUGAUGGAAGUCAAAGGACAAAUGAUACAUGUCCCAGAAUCAAAUUCCAUUUUAUUCUUGGGCUCUCCGUGUGUGGACAAGUUGGAUGAACUCAUGGGCCGGGGCCUGCAUCUCUCAGACAUCCCUAUCCAUGAUGCCACCCGAGAUGUCAUUUUGGUUGGUGAGCAGGCAAAGGCCCAAGAUGGCUUGAAGAAGAGGAUGGAUAAAUUAAAAGCAACUUUAGAAAGAACUCACCAGGCCCUGGAAGAAGAGAAAAAGAAAACAGUGGAUCUUCUGUAUUCUAUUUUCCCUGGCGAUGUGGCCCAGCAAUUGUGGCAAGGGCAGCAAGUGCAGGCCAGAAAGUUUGACGAUGUCACCAUGCUCUUUUCGGACAUUGUUGGUUUCACAGCCAUCUGUGCCCAGUGUACCCCCAUGCAAGUGAUCAGCAUGCUGAAUGAACUGUACACCCGAUUUGAUCACCAGUGUGGAUUUUUGGAUAUUUAUAAGGUGGAAACAAUAGGUGACGCAUACUGUGUUGCUGCAGGACUCCACAGAAAAAGCCUCUGCCAUGCUAAACCCAUUGCCCUGAUGGCUCUGAAGAUGAUGGAACUGUCAGAAGAGGUCCUGACACCUGAUGGAAGACCAAUUCAGAUGAGGAUAGGCAUUCACUCAGGCUCUGUGCUAGCUGGAGUUGUUGGAGUAAGAAUGCCACGAUACUGCCUAUUUGGAAAUAAUGUCACUCUGGCCAGCAAAUUUGAAUCGGGAAGUCACCCUCGGCGCAUCAAUGUCAGCCCAACCACUUACCAAUUAUUAAAACGGGAAGAAAGUUUCACAUUCAUUCCUCGGUCCCGAGAAGAGCUUCCAGACAACUUUCCAAAGGAAAUCCCUGGGAUCUGCUAUUUCCUGGAGGUAAGGACUGGUCCUAAGCAGCCAAAGCCUUCUCUUUCUUCAUCGAGAAUCAAAAAGGUUUCCUACAACAUCGGCACCAUGUUCCUCCGGGAGACGAGCCUCUGAGACCUGCUACAGAUCAAAGACUUCUCCAAAAGCACAAGCCCAGAGCAUGGGUCACGGCAGGAGAGUGGAAAGAGAUUGUUUUUCACUGCUUUGUUGAGAACAAGCAGCAGAAUUUCUGUUAUGUCAGGCAAUAAUCCUAGAAAAAGGUGGGUGAUGACUGUCAAUAAAAAACCGGAGGGUGGUGGGGGGGAGUAGGCGUAUCUAUCUGUAUGAGUGUUUUGGGUCAUAUAUAUUUUUUAAUUACAAGUACGAGCCCCCUUUCAAAGCUAACUGAUAAAUAGAUAUCAUGUUUUCUUGUUUGUCACACAUACAGGUAUGUUGCCCUAUAUAUUUAUAUCACUUUUGAGAUCCAGUUUUGAUUAUAUAUUCCUACAUUUAGUGAGUUGGUAUGUGAAGAAUAUUUUCUAAUUUUGUUUUUCUGAACAAACAUUUCAUACACAUAUCAUGGCAGUGUGGUAAACUUCCCGGCAGGAAGAACUAUAAUUCAGCAAAAUAUUUUAGGAAUAUUACUUAUUUUUAUACAUAUCUCUUCUUCUAGAUAAUUACAUUUCACACAACAUUAUUAGAUUUUCAGAAUCUGCUACUGUAUAGUUGGUAUAUUAUGUAACCCUAACAUAUUAAUUCAAUAUAGUUUUAGUUCUCUAGAGACAUUAGUGCUUGGACUGAGAAUACAUAUAACCAAGGAUUUCAGAUGCUGAGAAAGCAUUCUAUGUCUGCUUAGUAAAUAUAUCUUUUAGAUUUAAUUAAAGUAGCAUGGAAUCCGGAGGAAAUGGAAUUUCCUAAUAGCAGAUAUGUCUGUAACCAAGAAAGGUCUUUUUGCCAUCUUAUAACAAAUAUCAGUUAAAAUGAAAUGCUUUCUACAUUGGACCCUUUUCAACUGAACACUUACAAAUACAGGUGGCUUUUGCACCAUACUAAACUAGUAGACAGCAUUCUACUAAUGACAUGUUUGCACUCCCCGCUCCCCGUCGUCCCUCUUCCUGUUGGAAGCCUCCUAAGGCCACCCUUGGGAGCUAAUUCCUAGAUACUGGCAUUUGUGAGAAAGAGGUGCCAGACAUUUUGCCAAGAGUGUUGUUUCUUCUUGCAUAAUAAAAAGCAAGGAGAAAUUACCUGUUUGUAUAGCUUUGAGAUUUAAAAAAAAUAAAUGUUCUUCUGCAGUUUGAUUAUUGCAGCUUUUAAAUUCAGUGGAUCACCUUCAGAAUACUGAAGCAGGUCUAACCUUCAGACUUAGUAAUCACCAUAGUUACAGAUAGGCUUCCAUUGCAUGUUCCACUAAAAUGAAGACCAGCUCCCAAUAAUUAACACUGCAUGAAAAUAUUAUUACAGACACUCCCUGAAAUUAGGAGCACAGUGUGUCCAGAGUUUUUCUAUUUUGGAUCAGAUAUACAAAACCUAAGUUUCUAUUGAAGUUAAUGAGCUGGCAGCAUUUGUUUCCUUGAAACCUUGGGGUGGCCGUUUUCUUACUCCAGUAGGUACACUCAUGGGUAGCUUAUGUCUACUGAAUGCCAUAUGUUUCUUCUGGUCAGGCAUUUCGGCUGCAUUAGAUUGGUUAUGACAUAACUCAGCUAAGGAGCAUGUUAACGAGUGUCCAAUGUAGUCUGUGAGGCCUAAUUCGUGUUUUUAAGUUCUCUAAGUGUGUAGCUAGAAAUCACACAUAGAUAUGCAAAGUAUUUGUUAUGAUGGUGAUGACUUUUAUAACUGUUGAACUGUUCUCGCCCUGGGACUUAUGAGGACACUAGUGCAUCACUGUCCCUGCAUUCUCUGAAUCCUUGCCUGUCCCUCUCUUUCCUGAGUCUAGGUCUCUGUUUUUAACCACAUGGGGUGAGAAGGCCAGAGUGUUCACAGGAGGCCGUGUAGGCUGAGGACAGUGUGCAUUCACGGGCUCACAAAACUCUUCAGGGGCCCAGGAGGUUAACACACUACCUUCCCAGGGAACAGAGGGCCAAGUGUAGAGUCAGUGUGGACAGAGCAGGCUGGGAACACCUCAGGCCUCAGGCCUGGAAGAGGAGACACCUGAGCUAUGCUCAUGGGCUCCUUCUAGCACAGGAGCAUGGGGAGAGCACCAGGCUCACGACAGCCACUUAGAGCUGAUUAUGAUACGGGAGGUAAAUCAGUACAUGUUUUGGUGGCGAACAACAUGUCUGUAACCAUACGGCUGAAAGGGCCUUCCAGGAAUCACCCACUCUAUUUCUCUGCUUCUUGUAAAGAUUUGUCUAAGCAACUAUUCUAAACAUAUGGCUAUUCUCUCUAUACUUAAGAUCAUCCAGAGGGAGCAUAUUUUAAAAGCAUCAUUGAAAAAUUAUCCACUUUCUUACCCAAUAAUUGUAGUAGGGCCCAAGACGAGAACUGUAUAUACAUUCAAUUUGUCAGAAGAAUAACAAACUCUUUCUUGGUUUCUGUGAUUUUACUUGGUGAAGAAGUAGCCGUUUACAUUGUCACAAAUGUCACAAAGCAGAAAAUGCCAGAGAUCUCUUACAUAUCACAGACAGGAUAUAAACUACAUUUUUCAUAUAAUAUAAUCUAAAUAUAUCUUUGAAGCUAUAGUCUGAAGCAAUGGUCUAAUCUGUUACCAUUUUGCUAACUUAGUACAGUUUAUUAUAUUUACACUGUUGCUAUAUGUGUUUGCAAGGUAUGGUUUAACAUUCUACCUGCAGUCAUAGAAUUUAAAAGCUGCAAAAAAGCAUUAUAUUUUUGUCCUAUUUAAUACAGUCCACGUACAUCCAUUAAGAAUUGUGACUAUAAUAAUGGGUGGUAGUUGGUACUUCAUCUGACUAAUAUCUAUACAUUAUUCUCACCUACAAACUAUUAUACACAUUAUGCAUUUUAAUGAGGCAGAUUAAAAGGAAUUUAAAUGGAUGUCUCAUUAGAAAUCAAGUGGUAUUAAAUUGGGGACAUGGCUUUAACCCACUCUAAAAAGGAUACUUUAAAUAUAAUUUGGCACCUACAGCUCCUCUGUUUUAGUGUUCUUUCAAGCAAUGAAUUUGAAGAAGUCACUUUAUGACUAGCCAUGAGUACCAAAGCUUUUCAUUGGCAUCAGUAUUAUUUUGAUAGAGAGAUCGUCACUGUUUGCAGAUAAAUCAGUUGUCUCACAAAGUCAGAAACCCCCAUGUGUAUCCAAAACAUACUGUGCAGUAUGUGCUUUGUGAACCUUAAUAAAUUGGUAACAUUAGCCAUCAUAAAAAGAAUAAUACUCUGCCUGGAGAACACAUAUAGUGGGUCUCUUGGCUGUGCAAUGUGUGUGGAAAAGGACCCAACUGCUUAAAAUCUGCCUCAAUAUUCAUCUCUUAUCUUACAUUUUAAAGUAUUUGGGGCUUCCUUUUUAAUUUGUGAUUAUAUGUGGAGUUCAGUGAGCUCUGACCUACAAAGCUUGAGAGUGGGUUCAUGGACGCUGCACUUCCAAUGUAAACGCUCAUAGUCUCACACUUGUUCCUCUUAUCCACUGACAAUCGUCUCAAGAACAUCGUGUUUUACUGAGAAAAGGUAGAAGUGGGUGCCUUUCUAAGAAAAACAAAGCAAACCAGGACAACAACUUAAACAAAAAGCACUCCUAUUCAGAAGUGCAGCAAGGCUUUUAAUUUUGCAAAUUCCUCCAAAGGGUUAUAGCAAUAAAGCAAAAUUAAAUCGGUACAUACAACAGGCAAGGCCACAGAGAAUUUGGAAAACCAAGAGGCUGGGUUUUGUACAGUCACUCUGCUACCAAUUGAAAUAGUGUAUUUGAGGUUGUGAGGUAUCAAGAUUGUGAAAUCUAUUUCAGGGAGGCUCCUUGGGUUCCUGCCUUGCUAAGGGCAAGUGUUGUGGAUCAUCAGGCAGAGAGUAAAGUCUCUACACACGGAUUCCCAUCUUCUCAUGCAUUUUGAACACUACAGAGCCCAUGCCCAGACCCUCUCUUACUCCAGGCGUCCCUGGAACCUAUCCCACGUCCUCAAGUCUGGCCCCAUCAAACACCAUCGUCUCUGUACCUCUGAACAUAACAUGGCCACAGAAAGAGUUUCUAAUGCCUGUUUCAGGCCGAUAAGAAGAUGCACACAACUUCAGGCCCAAGUAACAAUGCACUUCCGAAGUGAACUAACCAUCCCCAGUGGUGCUGGGACGCAACUUACAUCUACAGCUUCUCUCUGCUUUUUCUUCAAAAUACAAGCCGACUCCGAGCGCUUGGUAUAACUUCACUGAAUGUUCCAUUAGAAUGAAUUAUAGAUGACUCUAAAUCGGCUUUGAGUGGCACCAGAUGUCAUUCAGCCAAUAAUACCUAUAAACUCAAGUCCAAGAACUAAGCCCUAUAUUGUAACCUGGGCAUUUCUAUUAUGAGAUUACAGAUCAUCAACUAUAAAAAUUGUUAUUUCAGAGGCUUCUGUAAACAUAUCUUAUUAGAUCAAGCCUCAAAACCUGAUGCAUGGGAAACUUAACUAUUAAAGUUUAGCAUACUCCAUUCCGAAUGAUGCUUCUUUAUGGGUAGUUCUGAUAUGAAUAUACUUAAUUCACAGCCAGCUCAUUUAACAUACACAUAAAUUGCAUUAAAAUGAUUGAACAAAUUUUAUUGUUAAAUGGGUAAAUUGACCCCAUCUCUGGACUUAAUUUCAGGAUCCUCCUGGUGGUGACUGAAGAACAGACACUGAUAUUAAAAUCUGAUAUUAUAUACAGAUUAACAUAAAUCUUGUGUGAAUAUAUUGAGAUAGUGUGCAAAAUUCCUUCCUCACACUUGAUGUAAACAAUUGAAACCUGAAUGUUAAUGUCCCGUCACUUUUCUGUUUCCUUCUUUCCUUUGUUUCUUUCUUUCCUUUGUUUCUUCUUUCCUUCUUUCUUCCUUUCAUUAAAAAAAGGCAUUGAUAUAUUUAUAACACAGAAAGUAUCACAGCCAAUCUCAUCUAGUAAAAUAGUUUUAGUUUUAUAAAAUAAUGAAUCCUCUGUUUCUGUGUGUAUUUGUUGAAUGUAGCUAUUUCAAGAUUAAAUGGAGUGACAUUUUAGAAGGACUUGGUAUGGCUUUUAGGCAUACACAUUACUGGGUUUUACCUUCAGAACUUUGGAAUCAGUAGAUCUCAGGUGAAGCCAGGAAUCUGUGUUUCGAAAAUCACUCUAGGUGAUGCUAAUAUAUAGCCAGAUUUGGGAAUCAUGGAAGAGUAGUCAAAUAAUCCCAAUUCCUAGGAAUAAAUACAAGUUACUGAGAUAGAAAUAUAUUAUUUCAUUUGUAGUUAUUUUGACAGCUAAAUGCUCUGGGCUUCAUAGCAUUAUUUCUUUCACAAAUUUUAAAUUUAGCUUUGGUUUCACAUUUACGGUCUGCUUCCUAAGUAUGAGUCUUCAAACUUGCCAGAGACAGAAAUCAACACUGAUAAGCAAGAGGGAUGAAUAUUGCUCACUAUAGGGCUAUUAGGCAUAUGGUACUGCUUUCCUAAUUACUGCCAGAGCUGUGAAGUAUAUCACAAUGUUUGCUGAUCCUCACCGCCGAUGAACUUUGAACAGAGAAGCAAAUGUCGAAGUGACAGCCUUAUUUCUGAAUGCUUUGAUGUUUAUGUUAUGAAAAAU